AGCACAUUCUUCCUUUUUGUUGGUUUAUGUCAUCACGGAAGGAAUAUUUAUAUUCAGCGACUUUCGACUUUGUUUAGCGAGAAUCUAUUCAUUCUCAGAAAAACACCCUUGAUAAAGAUUGUCAUGAAUCCUCAGGCUGUUGUUUUGCUCAUGCUGGUGGCUGUUCCCUUGACAUCUGCGAUUCGUUUGGUGAGCCUCACCAAUCCGCGGUCUUCUGGUCGUGUUGAAGUGCAGCACAAUGGUAUAUGGGGAACCAUUUGUGACGACUUAUGGGACAUACGGGAUGCUGAUGUAGUUUGUCAUGAGCUUGGAUACGAUGGAGCUUUAUCAGCAACUCAUUUCGCAGUAUUUGGACGAGGAACUGGUCAAAUAUGGCUGGAUGACGUGCAGUGUGUGGGAAAUGAGACCUCAAUAUCGCAGUGCGAUCACACAGGAUGGGGAGUUCAUAACUGCGGACAUAAUGAGGACGCUGGUGUGGUGUGCCGACCUAAAGGUAGAUAACGACACGAAACCUCUUUCCUCACCAAUUCGCGCUCUUCUGGUCGUGUUGAAGUGCAGCACAAUGGUAUAUGGGGAACCAUUUGUCACGACUCUUGGGACAUACGGGACGCUGAUGUAGUUUGUAAUGAGCUCGGUUACGAUGGAGCUCUAUCAGCACCUGGUAAUGCAACAUUUGGGCGAGGAACUGGUCGAAUAUGGCUUAAUGACGUGCAAUGUGUGGGAAAUGAGACAUCAACAUUACAGUGCAAUCACAGUGGAUGGGGAGUUAAUAUCUGUGGGCAUCAUGAGGACGCUGGUGUGAUGUGCCGACCUAAAGGUAGAACAUGGCAUAUUCCCAAGAGUUUAGAUGGGAUUCAGCCAAGACCAUUGACAGAAGUCAUUAAGGAAAAACUGUCAUGUUCGACAGAUAUCCAAACUAUGAAGAAACGAAAAAUAACUGGUGUCACACCAAAGCGAUAUAAACUUUUUAAACAGUCACGAGCAGAACUUAAAUUACCAGCAGCACUUGGACCCCUCAUUGAGGAUAGUAGUCCUGAGCCUGGCUUUUUGAGAAUUUGGCUUGAGCAGGGACAGGACACUCCUUACUUCACUGUAGAUUUGGAUUAG